AUGAAGAUGUGCUACGGGCCGUACAAAAGAGGGAGAUGUGCUAAAGGCUGUAGAAAAGAUGGGGAUGUGCUACGGGCUGUAACAAAGAUGGAGAUGUGCUACGGGCUGCAAAAAGAUGGAGAUGUGCUACGGGCUGUAAAAAGAUGGAGAUGUGGUACGGGCUGUAAAAAGAUGGAGAUGUGCUACGGGCUGCAAAAAGACGGAGAUGUGCUACGGGCUGUAGAAAAGAUAAAGAUGUGGUACGGGCCGUAG